UUUUUCCCAAUGAAGAUUAUAGUGAAUUGGCUGCUCGCUCAGGAUACUAGACUUGCUUCACUAUGACAUUGUACUCAGUAUAGGAUGGUCCAUGAUCCAGUGCUGGGUGAUAGCAGCAUUGUGUGGUUCUCAGGGAGUCUGGUACUUACCCCCCCCCCCCUUCCCCUCGAUCAAGUAGUCCCGUUCAUACUUAAUCAUGCGCUCCGUGUCCGUCACUCCUUGCAGAGCCACCGCGCAUCACACAACCUGCCCAAGGUCAAUGCAACACCAGUGUCGUGCCAGGGAAUGGCUUCCAGCUACAGUGUAGAGCAUCAGGGGACCCAACACCAACAAUCAGCUGGCAGAAAGACGGGAUUAAAAUCGAAAGCACGUCCCGCAUGCGAGUCUUCAGCAAUGGUCUGCUGCGAGUGCGCCAAGCUUUGCCGGGCGAUGAUGGACGCUACACGUGUGUGGCUGAGAAUGGUGUAGGCCGACCGGACACUAGGGACUGCUACAUCCUACUGAUGACUGCACCGUCGUUCACCAGUGUCAGUGAUGUGAUUGCCAUCGUUGGGCAAAGGGCCAUUCUCACCUGUCUCUCUGAUGGCUCGCCCACGCCUCAGAUCACGUGGUGGGACGGGCAGGAUCGUAUUCGCAACACGACGCGCAUCACCAGUCUUCCCAGCGGUAUCUUGAACAUUAGCCGUGUGGAGCUAGGUGACGAGGGCUCAUACACAUGUGUAGCUUCCAACCCGGCUGGUCGUAGGAGCAGUACAGGCUUUCUCACCAUCCAUGUGCCACCCGAGAUUGUGGUGGCGCCAGACCCUCUCUACGUCAGAUCUGUGGACAGUGAAUUCCGUCUGCUAUGUGUAGCCAGCGGAAAGCCAGACCCGGUGACAAUUUGGCUGUUCAACAACAGGCCAGUGGACCCGUCUCGUGUGCGCGUCAACCGCAACACGCUGACCGUGUCUCGUCUGUCUGUCGCCGACGAAGGCAGUUACACAUGCCUGGCAAACAAUGAUGCUGGAACGGCUAACAGCACCACUGUUCUAAUUGUGCAAGUUCCACCAGCUAUUAUCACGACCCAGACUCAAGUUGUUGUUCUCCGCGGCACUCCUGCAUUCUUGCCCUGCGAGGUCAUUGGCAAGCCGACACCAACGGUCACGUGGCAGAGUAGUGUCUAUGAUGAACGCUACAUGUCUCAGAUUCCCACCAGAGGACUCCAGAUAUCAGCGGCCCGGCUAGAGCACAGAGGACUGUAAAACCUGCACAGCAGGUUCAGCAUCACAUACCAUUGAGCUGGUUGUUGAAGGUAGGAGACACAAGCCAUGUUCCAUGCUAGUCAGUGUGUACAAUGUGUGCUGAUCUAUGGGAGCAGAUGAGCAACAGAGCAUGUGCCACACCUCAUCCCACUGUCCAUCUAUCAGUGGUAUGGCAGAGGAACUUAUGCCGUCUGCUGGUCAUCGACGAAAAGUGGAUCAUACAUCCCAACGAUACACUGUGCGUAAUCAGCACUGUCGUCGCCGACUUCGACAUCUACGUGUGUCUGGCACGCAACAAACACGGAGACGCUCGCAAGGACUACAACUUGACUGUUCUCUAACCACCUCGUCCAGACGGUCCCUCUGUAGACAUCGUCACUGUCACAGCCAACUCACCCACGGUGCUGCCGUGCCCCGUCACUGGUAAUCCUAAAUCAGAGUUGCUCCCAUCUUCAAGAUAGUGCCGUAUGACAUAGACCCGGUGGUUGGCAGUAGCAUAGUGCUGCCAUGUGCUGCCAAGGGUGUUCCAGCACCAUCCAUACAGUGGACUGUCGGAUCGUACGUUCUACCUGGCAGUAACCCCCGGUUUUCAAUGAAGAAUGGCGGCAGUUUGGCCAUCUCGGAUAUUGUGAUAUUGCGGAUAUUGCGGACAACAUCGGUGGCAUGAAGCCUAGUGACUGCCAAGUGUCUUGGCGCGACGGGCGACCAGUACAGUGUCAUGCCCCAGGGGCUGCUGUGGCUGUCAACGUCGGCGAGUCGUGGAGUGCGUUUGCCGGCCUUCAUGGCGCUCGGACAAGUGCGAUACACAGAUUCUCACUAGCUACGCAGUACACUGAUUCUGGCACGUUAUUUCUGCAUUGAUAGUCAUAUACUCUGGUGAACAUUGCACUGUCACCCACACAAUGUAAACAUUCAAUAGUAUUCAAAUUUCACCACAGAAAUACACACACAUAUUGGCUCUGUUGUAGCGUGAUACUCACACUACAUACUUGAUUUGAAUUUCUGUUUGAGGAAAUUCCCGCAUGGCUUGGUUUGGUUUGGUUUUUAUUAUUUCAGUUCGUUGCCUCAACAGUACAAAGUACAAAUAUCAAGAGGGACGAACGAAAAGAGAAAAUAAAACAGAGCAGAGAGGAAGAUGCAACUGAAAGGAAACGGCUGAAGGCAAGAUUCAAUUGUUCACUGUUCUAUAUUCAUACUGUAUUAAAUCUUUGUUGAGAUAUAUGUAGACCUUGUGUGCCAUGUCACUGAUAUUGAUGCUGUGUCGGCAAUAGUAGAAAAGGAAUGGCUUCAAAUUUGCUCUCCCCGAAAUUACCCUAAUUGUUUUUGUUUUGUUUUUGCUCACUAUCUUUCUUGCCUUUCGUGGGAGUGUCGCGAACAUGCGAGUGGUAUUUAUAUGAAACAGGAUAGAUUCUGUUAAUCCUUGAUCUUAACGUUAGCUCGUACAUAGUAUCCUGUGAUUCUGGUAUUUUAUGUCAACCCUGUUAUGUAAUACGCAUCCUUUGCGAUUUAAUCCUUUUUUGUCGCAGCUUGCUCUUCUGGUAUGGAGCAUGUGUGGAUUUUUUUGGUUGUUGCCCUUUGGAACGUCUGGUGAAGACUUGUGGAGAAUUUGUGUGCUUGAAGU